CUUCACCAAAAUCCGGGACUUGUUCAUGACGGACUCAGUUGUGUACACUGAUAAAAGCCCGUGCUUAUUAGCAUCCUCCCGUCGAACCGUACGACAUGCAAUCCGUCACACAUUACUUUGUCUUCCCUGCAGUCGCAUUGUUCCUCACCUUGGUGUUUCUACUCUUUAGAGGACGCAAAUCUAUAGUCUGGAAGAUUCUUGGACCUCCGAGUCCUUCAGCUCUCUUUGGUCAUGAACACCUCCUUCGCGCACGUCAGCACGUCGGAGAUUUGGAGAUGAAAUGGUAUCAGCAAUAUGGCGCCGUAUACCGCACUAAGGGAUGCUUCGGGCAAGAUGUUUUAUCCGUUGCUGACCCGAAAGCGUUGCAAUAUAUAUUCCGUUCCUCUGGAUAUCGAUUCCCAAAAACGAGAGAUACGGAUCGUCUCAACAGGGCUGCCAUGGGACCGGGAUUAGUCACUGUGAAGGACGAAAUCCACCAACGCCAACGGAAAAUCCUCGGUCCUGCUUUCACAGCAUCUCAACUGCGCCUCUUUCUGAACGUCUUCCAGGCGUCAGCUGCGAAGCUCACAGAGCAGAUCAACCAACGCGUCGAGAAUGCCAGAGUACUUAAUAUGCUCGAAUGGACGAGCAAAGCUGCGCUGGAUAUUAUAGGCAUCACGUCUUUCCGAUACGAGUUCAACUCGCUCAAUGGUGGACAGACUGAACUGAUGGCUGCGCUUAAUAAUCUUUUCGGCGAGUCUAUGAUGUGGCCAACGUCACUGGAGCUUUUGUAUACCGCGCUCUGGCGGAUACUUCCUGGAUGGUUGCUAGUACCGCUCGAAAGGAUACCCAGUAGAGCAACUUUGCGGAUGAGUCACUUUAAAAAAGUAGCGAUGAAGGUGUCACGGCCCAUUUACGAGAAGCAGCUGAAAGAAGUGGUGAACGAUGUCAAUCCGGCUGAGAAGGACGUCGUUAAUGUCCUCGCAAUGUCUCAUCUCAACGACGAUGCCAAGAAGCAGAUGAAUGAUGGAGAAAUCGAUUCUCAGCUGGCGACGUUCGUAUUAGCCGGCCAUGACACGACCGCAAACACCAUGGCCUGGCUUUUGUAUGAGCUGAGUCUUCAUCCUGAGGAUCAAGCCAAGAUACGUGAAGAGAUUUCUCGAACGAAAUUGAAUGCCUCCGGAGCUCUCACAUCGAACGAUUACGAUUCGAUGUUGUGGCUAAAUGCUUGUAUUAAAGAGGUUCUCCGAUUCCAUCCUCUGGGGCAUAUCCUGUUCCGUCAACCCGCCCAGGAUGACGUCCUGCCUCUCUCCGAGCCUAUAACUACUUCGGAUGGCCAAGUGUACUCGCAGAUCCCUAUUUCCAAGGGACAAGUUGUCAUGACUUCCAUCUAUACCUACAACCGACUUCCGUCUGUGUGGGGCGAAGAUGCCGACGAGUGGAAUCCCCAGCGUUUUCUUGAUGGAAGGGAAGUUAAUCAAACCUCUCUGGGAGUCUAUUCGAAUCUGCUGACCUUUAGCGCUGGUAUUCGUGGAUGCCUUGGAUGGCGAUUUGCUGUCAUGGAGCUGCAAUCUGUGGUAACAGAGCUCUUGAGUAACUUCGAAUUCAGUAUGCUGAAGGGAGCUUCCAAAUUGCAGCAUGGCCCUGCUGGUACGGCUUUGAUCCCCAUUGUUCCAGGGAAGGCAGAGGAAGGAGCGCAAGUCCCGUUACUUGUAACUGCGCUUAACAAAUAGGGCUCUGAUUUAAUAUUGGAAGUCGCAGAUUA